AUGGCCAUUGGCAAAAGGUUACUGGUAAAUAAACCAGCAGAAGAAUCAUUUUAUGCUUCUCCAAUGUAUGAUUUCCUGUAUCCAUUUAGGCCGGUAGGAAACCAAUGGCUACCAGAAUACAUCAUUUUUGUAUGUGCCGUCAUUGUGAGGUGCACGAUUGGACUUGGCCCAUAUUCUGGAAAAGGUAGUCCACCGCUUCACGGUGAUUUUGAAGCUCAAAGACAUUGGAUGGAAAUUACACAGCAUUUACCACUUUCUAAAUGGUACUGGUAUGAUUUGCAGUAUUGGGGAUUAGAUUAUCCACCAUUAACAGCUUUUCACUCCUAUCUUUUAGGUCUGAUUGGAUCGUUUUUUAAUCCAUCUUGGUUUGCUCUAGACAAGUCUCGUGGUUUUGAAUCCCCCGAUAAUGGCUUGAAAACAUAUAUGCGCUCUACUGUCAUUAUUAGUGACAUAUUAUUCUACUUUCCAGCAGUGAUAUAUUUUACCAAAUGGCUCGGUAGAUAUCGAAACCAGUCGCCCAUAGGGCAAUCUAUUGCAGCAUCGGCAAUUUUGUUCCAACCUUCAUUAAUGCUCAUCGAUCAUGGGCAUUUUCAAUAUAAUUCAGUCAUGCUUGGCCUUACCGCUUAUGCCAUAAAUAACUUGUUGGAUGAAUAUUAUGCUAUGGCAGCAAUGUGUUUUGUACUAUCUAUUUGCUUCAAACAGAUGGCAUUGUAUUAUGCGCCAAUUUUUUUUGCUUAUCUGUUGAGCCGAUCAUUGCUAUUCCCCAAAUUUAACAUAGCGCGGUUAACAGUUAUUUCGUUUGCAACACUGGCAACUUUUGCUUUAAUGCUUGCACCACUGUAUUUCUUGGGAGGAGGAUUAAAGAACAUUUACCAAUGCAUUCACAGGAUAUUCCCUUUUGCCAGAGGCAUCUUCGAAGAUAAGGUCGCAAAUUUCUGGUGUGUUACAAAUGUAUUCGUUAAAUAUAAGGAAAGGUUUAGCGUACAACAACUUCAACUUUACUCAUUGGUUGCCACCGUAAUUGGUUUCUUGCCAGCCAUGGUAAUGACAUUGCUACAUCCAAAGAAGCACCUUCUUCCAUACGUGUUAAUCGCAUGUUCUAUGUCCUUCUUUCUUUUUAGUUUUCAGGUGCAUGAGAAAACUAUACUAGUUCCUCUUUUACCCAUCACACUACUUUACUCUUCUACUGAUUGGAAUGUUCUAUCUCUAGUGAGUUGGAUAAACAAUGUCGCUUUAUUCACUUUAUGGCCGCUGUUAAAAAGGGAUGGUCUUCACUUGCAGUAUGCUGUAUCUUUUUUACUAAGCAAUUGGUUGAUUGGAAACUUCAGUUUCAUUACACCCAGGUUCUUACCAAAAUCCUUAACUCCUGGACCUUCUAUUAGCAGCAUUAAUAGCGAUUAUAGAAGAAGAAGUUUACUACCCUAUAAUGUGGUUUGGAAAAGUUUUAUCAUAGGGACAUAUAUCGCUAUGGGUUUGUAUCAUUUCUUAGAUCUCUUCGUAGCACCUCCAUCAAAAUACCCCGACUUGUGGGUGUUGUUAAACUGUACUGUCGGGUUCACUUGCUUCAGUAUAUUUUGGGUAUGGUCUUAUUACAAGAUAUUUACUUCCGGUAGCAAAUCGAUGAAGGACUUGUAA